AUGUGUAUGCCUAAAGCUCAAGGAGGCAUGGGUUUUAGGAAUUUGCAAGAUUUCAACAAAGCAAUGCUUGCAAAGCAAUUAUGGCAAAUCCUCCAAAACCCAAACUCUCUAGUGGCAAGGGCUUUCAAAGCUAAAUACUUCCCUAUUGGAGAUAUUCUGAAUGCUAACCUUGGAAGCUCCCCCUCAUAUUCUUGGAGAAGCAUCCACAUUAGCCUUGAUGUUAUACGGAAGGGAACUCGGUGGAGAGUGGGAAAUGGGAAAUUAAUCCAUAUAUGGGAGGACAAGUGGCUACCAACCCCAUCUACUUACAAGGUUAUUUCUCCACCAAAUGAUAUGCCCCAAUUCCCAAUGGUCUCUUCUCUCAUUGACCCAAUGACAAGAUGGUGGAGAGUAGACAUGGUUAGAGCAACUUUCCUUCCUUUUGAAGCUAACUUAAUCUUGAGGAUACCUUUAAGCAACAACCUUCCAGAGGACAAAAUUAUCUGGAUAGGGAAUAGUCGGGGAGAUUUCACAGUCAAAAGUGCUUACCAUAUAGCCCAUAAUUUGUCAGAAUCAAGGGAGAAAGAAGAAUGCUCAAUUGGAGAUCCUUGCAAGUUGUGUCUUUGGUCAGAUAAUCCUCUUCGCACUCAUGGCAUCAACAAAUCCUUUCUUGAUUCCACAAUAUUCACUCUCCCAUGCAACUCUUCAAGACUUGGAGCUUUUCUUUGCCAUCGCUUAGGCUAUUUGGUUAACAAAAAUAAGAUUGUGCACAAGGAUUCUAGUCUACUUCCUCCUCAAGUGUGGAAAUUGGCAAAAAAUGUUUCUGAAGAUUUUGUUAGUUCGGCAACUUGGGAUCUUGGCCAACCUAGAACCACCCCAUUCAGCUGGGUUCCUCCUUCCUCAGGAUUCCACAAGAUAAAUGUUGAUGGGGCCUCUUCUGAGCUUGACAGUUUCUCUAGUGUUGGAGUUGUCAUUAGAGACUGCAGAGGUGAUGGUGUGGCUACUCUGUGUAAACCCCUUCAAACUCGCUUCUCUGCUAAACUAACUGAGGUUUUUGCUUUGGAGCAUGGCAUUCUAUUAGCUUAA